GCCACGGUCAUCCGUCGUUUUCUUGGAUUAUUAUCGAUCCCACGUUGUAUACAACGAAACACAACAACAGAUUCGACAAAUAUCAUCUCUCUCUCUCCCUCGUCCGCGCUCUCCUGACGAUCCAUAAUACCUCAACGACCCUUCCUCUCCUGACAACCCAGCCAACAACGAACAACGAACAGCGAGUAACCUGGCCUGGCCGGCCUCACACACCUAGCCAGCAUCAGCACCAGCAUCCGCAGCGUCUCAUUUUCUCCCACACCCAAUUUCACGCCCCCCUCAUCCUGGUCGGAUUUUCAUCCCCACAAAUACGGGCCCUCCCUCCAUCAGAUAGUGGUCGCAUCCCCUUCCGCAUCUCCACUGCCUUUCUCGUCCGCCCUUUAUACAAAAAAGUUCCCGAUUCCCACCGCAGCCAAGUUCUUCCCCCCCAGUUCACCACACCUUCGAUCACUUGCUACGAACCUACGAUUGCUCGCCUCUGUCGAGGCACCUUUGCCUCCUAUCACCAGUCGCUCGACUACCGAGCCAACACAAACACACCAUAGCCCAUUACGACGAUCGACACCGCUUCAUCAUGGCCUCCAGAAAGAUUGUUGCCCACUGCGAAGACGUCGACGAGGAGACUGGCUCCAUCAUUCAGGGCUCCGACAAGUACGCCCGAUCACACGCACCAGGAAGCCCAUCAAGAGAGAAGGCAAACAGCGGCAAAUCUCGCAAUAAGGACAGGAUGACGAGACCAAUCUCCGCCUCCCCGCAAUACGGCCAUACCGACUCGGACGAUACCGUUCACCCCGCUAUCCCGGACAAGAAAGCGAGGGAUAAGGCGAGACGAUCUGAACAAAAAGCCGCUGAUCGAGCCGCGGAGAAACUCGCCGAGAGGAACGCAAGGGACGAGGCGGCCAGAGAGCAAGGUCGUCGAGAGGAAAGACAUCGUCUCAAGAAGGAGCAGGAAAAGACUGCACGCCGCGAACAAGAACGCCUCGAGAAGGAGCAGCGCGAACGAGAGGAGCGUCAUGAGAAGCGCGAGCGAUCCGCCGCCAAGAAGACCGCAACCCGUCCCUCCACAAAGCACGUCAACACGUCCCCCGUCGUCCAUACCCAGAAGACCGCCCAAAAGCCAGAUGAAUACAGAAGACCACGUUUUACGGAAGAAGAAUCCUCGCAGUACGGUGUACAGCAGCCGGCACAGGCACAGGGUGCGCGUCCUCGAGCUUCAAGUCGCCCUGCCAGCUACUACGGCCAAGGCUCCCGACCACCUACCUCCAAUAAGCAAUGGCAUGCUGCGAACAACGCUUCGCCCUUCACUCCGGCCCCGAACCCCUCGCCAUUUGCACCAUCGAUCCACGCACCGCCUUCCUCUCAUGCCUCGUCGCCCUUUACUCCCGCUCCUAUCCAAAUUCCCAUGCACCCAUCACCGCAUGUGCAGUCGCCGUUCGCACCCGCACCUGGCGCUUCGUACACCCAAUCGCCAGGCCCCUGGGGCCCCGGAAGUGUUCCUUACCCUAUGCAGGCGCCGCACCAUCCGCCUCCGCCGCCGUCGAAUGAUUACUUCCCGCCUACCCCUGUGGCGAGCAGCCCCCGACACUCAAACCUGGCCCAACGCUUCCAACAGCGGCCUUCUUCGGCCAUGGGACACCGGUCCAUGUCAGCGUCUACCUUCGAGUACGACAACUACGGAUACCAUCCUAGCCCUGUCCAGGCCCACGCCCACCCACAUGGACCCGGCCCUACCUAUGAGCAAGAGAAUAUCCCCAUUGGCAGACGGCCAUCUCUCAAGGUUCGGGACAGAGACAGAGACAGCGAGAUGAUGCCGCCGCCGCCGUUCCCCCGCUCACGAACGACUGCCCCUCAACAGGCUUUCCGUCCACCGCCUCAGCCUCAUCCCCAGCAGCGACAGAUCAUGUCUCAGGGCUAUGACUCUGAUGAUUUUGAUGGCGAGGAAUCCAUGUACCAGGAAAUCGUUCCCCAUGGUUACCAAUAUGACGACGGCGUUGUUGCCAGGCCCCGUGGUCACCGAAGGGGCUCCAGCACGUACAGCCAUCGCGCAUACCAGAUCGAACCUGCUCCUGCUCCCGCGCCCGCCCGCAGUAGCCGCCGCCAUUCAUACAUGGCUGGCGGCGAAAGCGGUAGCUACUCGCAGUCCAAAUAUGCCUCCGCCGAGGCUGCUGCUAUGGCUUACCAGAACGGCGUAAGCGGCGGCGGCGGUGUGCCUUUGACUGCUGCGGCCCUCUCAAAGGCUGGGAAGAAGAGCAAGAGCAGCAGGUCCAGUGGAAGUAGCGACAGCCUCGACGAAAGCGACUUUCUACGAAGCGCCACCACGCGGACCACCCGGUCUUCUGCCAUUGACGGCGACGACAUCACCAUCAAGGUUACGGGCCACGCCGUCCUGCGGGUUGGCAACGCCGAGAUUCAGUGCCAGGAUGGCGGCGAAAUCAACAUCAGCCAGGCAGCACGCAUUGCUGGUGGUAGCGAUAGGGAUACCGUCUACUCCGAUGAACGCCGCAGCCGCAUGGACCGACCAGCUAUCCGUGAUCGUUCCGAAAGCCGGACCGACUCCUAUGCUCGUAGCCAGGCGGACGAGUUCGAGCAGUUCCGCAUUCCGUUUACCUAAAUCGAAUUGCAACGACAAUGACGAGUUGAUGAAGCGACGCACAUUUGUUUUUCACUUUUUGCACGAUUUCAUUAGAGCGAGCGUUGUUUCUGCACCUGGAACUCAGAUUGAAAGCUGUAUCGAUAUGAUUGGCUUCUUAUUUUUCCAUUUCUCUUUCUUCUUUGCUUCUGCAACUGCUUAGGUCGACUUUCUGGCAGCGGAAAAGUUUAUACCCAAAGCAGAGGCUGUCGCGAGCUCUGCUCCUUUAUCUUUCUAUUUUCAAGCAUCUUUAUACCAUCUACAGGACGAAUCAUGUAUGUGCCGACUAUGGCUGUGCGGCCCGGGUGAGACCCGCGGGCGUUUUGGAUUUUGUAGGGUCGGGACACGAUAAUGAGUUGUGUUUUCUGGACAUAUGCGGAGACUUUUCCAGUCUCCUACCCCGGAAGGAGUCAUGGGUGUCGUGUUUUCUUUAGCGCACGACAUCCGGGCUGGACGAUUUUGAUAGACAACCUGUAUCGGCAAUCCGGGAAGUUCGCACUUCUUGUGCUUUUAGGGAGAAGGGCAUUCAGCAAAUUGUUACGCUUAGUUAGCUACCUUGCGCGGUUCUGUUUUCUUCUUCUCCAUUUCUACUUAGAGGACAUUGUUAGCAGGAUACCAUUGGGAUGGGCUCGGCUAUCCCGUCCAGAGCCACGGGCAUAGGGUGCUUGUUGGGGACUACAAAAGGACGUAGUCCAGUCAAGCCCCCAGCCUUUUGGGAUGGGCAGGUAAAAGGGGGGAUUUUGGAACGUCAAUGGGGGUUAUUAUGGUGUAUGGUAUUUGGUAGCGGAUGAACUGCCCAUCUCAUUUCCCUAUUCUAGCGGCAAGGAUAAGAUACCCCUAACAUGGCUGAGCCGUGUAGGCCGCAUAUGAAAUAAAUAUGUCGUUGGAAC